UGCACUCUACUCAGGGAGGCGGAGGCGACGCGCAGGAGGAAAGAUGGAAGACUACCAGGCUACCGAGGAGACUGCUUUUGUUGUUGAUGAAGUGAGCAACAUUGUAAAAGAGGCCAUAGAAAGUGCCAUCGGUGGCAACGCCUAUCAGCACAGCAAAGUGAAUCAGUGGACCACAAACGUAGUGGAACAAACCUUAAGCCAACUCACCAAGCUGGGGAAACCAUUUAAAUACAUUGUGACCUGUGUAAUCAUGCAGAAGAACGGAGCGGGAUUACACACAGCAAGUUCCUGCUUCUGGGACAGCUCUACUGACGGGAGCUGCACUGUGCGAUGGGAGAAUAAGACCAUGUACUGCAUCGUCAGCGCCUUCGGACUGUCCAUCUGAGCGCCUCGUCCAGCCCGUGAUCUUUCUCCUUUUGUCCCAACGUUUCUCUUCCAUCUUCUCACCACCAGCCAUUUAGUCAGUGGUCACCAUUCUCUUUAAGUGUGUUUUUGUGGCACUCUCAAAAUGUAGAGAAAAAACCAAAUAACCACUGUGCUGUGACCUGCACACCCCAAGUCAGAGGAAUCAUCGCCGUAGGUAGUUAGGAGCCUGUCCUGCCGCUUGUCUUAACUCUGAAUGUUUCUUUUCAAAGGUGCUAAAAGCCAAACUCUGCUAGGGUGAAACUUUCUCUACGCUCUGAAAUGAUUCAAAUACACUAAUUUUCCAUACUUUGUACUUUUGUUAGAAUAAUAAAUUAUUCCAAUUUAAA